UUAAUUUGUGUCCUUUCUUACUCGAGCAACACUUGCGCCUUCCCUCAGGCGAUUCCCGUCCGUUCAACUCCUCUGCGUUCCCCGCCGUCCGAUUCUUGCCGAAGCGAGUCUUCCGUUCCUCCGCCCCGCAUUUCGCGGCGGCGCGGCUGCAAGCGAUGUUCUCCCCGUCGGGGCUCCCUAGUCGAAGCGCCAUUUUGCUCCGCACUCCAUCCCCGUUACACGCUGCCUCGCAGCUCGUGCUUUCGUCCCGUUUGCCCGCCGCACAGGCCAGGCCAAAUCUCUCAUUUACCAGGAGAACCAAUAACCGGGGUAAUUCCUCGGUUACCCGCAGAAUCACAGCCAUGGCUUCUGCUGCUCCCACGACAAUCACUUCUGGAGGGAAUCUCGAGGGUAAUUUACCCUUGUUGAAAGGGCCCGUUCAAAUAAGCGGGCUGAAGGAGCUUGUCGAGACAGGCAAGUACGAGGCGUGGAUUCUGGACCAGUUUGGCGUGCUGCACGAUGGCAAGAAGGCGUAUCCCGAAGCCAUUGAAGCGUUGCGCCAGCUGGCAGCAUCAGGUGCCAAGGUGGUGCUUCUCAGCAACUCCUCUCGCAGAGUGGACGUGGCUUCUAAGAAGCUUCCCUCGCUGGGCUUCGACCCGUCGCUCUUCUGUGGAAUUGUGACAAGCGGGGAGAUCACGCACCGGCAUUUGAUAGAUCGCUCCCUGGGCCCCUUUUUCGAGACUCUCGGGUCAAAGUGCCUCCACUUCACGUGGGCUGCUAGGGGCGCUGUCUCCCUGGAGGGUUUGGGUCUGCAAGUUGUGGAGGCACCAGAGGAAGCCGAUUUUAUUCUCGCGCACGGCACAGAGGCAGUGGGGCUCGCACAGGGACCGAACACCACUGGGGGAACAAGCACCUCACAGGUGCACACAGAAGAGGACAAACCUGCCCGCCCGGCCUCGCUGGAUGAGCUGGCGGAGCUGAUGAGACUGGCGGCAGAGGAGGGGCGGCGGAGGGGCAGGAUGAUCCCGAUGGUGGUGGCCAACCCUGAUAUAGUCACGGUGGAAGAGAGGGCUUUAAGGGUCAUGCCUGGGACACUGGCACGGCAGUAUGAGGAGAUGGGGGGAGUGGUCAAGUGCAUGGGCAAGCCAGACCCGAUUUCUUUCCGGGCAGCCCAGCAGCUGACCGGGAUCCCUCCUGACAGCACGAUUAUGGUCGGCGACUCGCUCCACCACGACAUUCUAGGGGCGGCAUCUUUUGGCAUUGACUGCGUGUUUGUGGCGGGGGGGAUACAUGCAGAGCAACUGGGGGUGGCACCUGCAACUGGGGGAGGGGAAGGCGAAGGGGAAGGGGAAGGGGAAGGGGGAGGGAGAGGAGGAAAGGUGGCGGGGAGACACGGAGAUGUGGUAGAGGGAGAGGUGGAUAUGGGGAAGCUGAGAGAAUUGUUGGAAGAGAUAGGUGCAAACCCUUCAUAUGUCCUGCCUUAUUUCAAGUGGUAGCUCAAUAGUGCUCUUCUAUGUUUGCUGCUAUCUUUUGUGAUAUAAUUGAUACUUCGCAUUUCUGUAAGUCGAUCAGGUGUAGUUAGUGUCGAAUCCUACUGUAGAACAUAAGUCCAUAGGAUGACGUCAGCAAAUAGCGCUCGUCAUGGGGACAGUCGUUUCAGUCACGCGAACAGUCGCACCUCUUCGUUAACAUCUAGGGCGCAUAGCGCGAUAGUGAUGAACAGGUACAUUAGCGAAUAGGUACUUUUCCUAUAACUAUAAAUUAUUGUUAGGCCUUUCCAUUA